AUGAACAAGCUGUAUAUUGGAAACCUCAACGAGAAUGUGACUCCGGCGGAUCUGGAGAAAGUCUUCAACGACCACAAAAUAUCCUUCUCAGGCCAGUUCUUGGUGAAGUCUGGCUACGCCUUUGUCGACUGCCCAGAUGAGCAAUGGGCUAUGAAAGCCAUCGAAACUUUUUCUGGCAAAGUGGAGUUGCAUGGGAAACAACUUGAGAUUGAACACUCAGUCCCUAAAAAACAAAGGAGCCGCAAAAUUCAGAUAAGAAAUAUCCCACCUCAGCUUCGGUGGGAGGUCUUGGAUGGUUUGCUGGCUCAAUAUGGUACUGUGGAAAACUGUGAACAAGUGAAUACGGAUAGCGAGACAGCAGUUGUUAAUGUCACCUAUUCUAACCGGGAACAGACCAGACAAGCUAUCAUGAAACUUAAUGGACAUCAACUGGAAAACCAUGCAUUGAAGGUCUCUUACAUACCUGAUGAACAGACUGUGCAGGGUGCAGAGAAUGGACGUCGAGGUGGUUUUGGAACACGGGGUGCCCCACGGCAAGGUUCUCCUGUGGCUUCAGGAGCUCCUGUGAAACAGCAACCAGUAGAUAUCCCCCUUCGGCUUCUUGUUCCUACCCAGUAUGUGGGAGCCAUUAUUGGUAAAGAAGGUGCCACCAUCCGCAACAUAACCAAACAGACACAGUCCAAAAUUGAUGUGCAUCGGAAGGAAAAUGCGGGGGCGGCAGAGAAAGCAAUAAGCAUCCAUUCAACUCCAGAAGGCUGUUCUGCUGCUUGCAAGAUGAUCUUGGAAAUCAUGCAGAAGGAGGCAAAAGACACCAAGACUGCUGAUGAAGUACCUCUGAAAAUCCUAGCCCACAACAACUUUGUGGGACGACUGAUUGGCAAGGAGGGCCGCAACCUGAAGAAAGUAGAACAGGACACAGAGACAAAGAUCACCAUCUCCUCCCUUCAGGAUUUGACAUUAUACAACCCUGAAAGGACUAUCACUGUGAAAGGCUCCAUUGAUAAUUGCUGCAGAGCAGAACAAGAAAUUAUGAAGAAAGUGAGGGAGGCUUAUGAGAAUGAUGUAGCAGCCAUGAGUCUACAGUCACACUUGAUACCUGGUCUCAACCUAGCUGCUGUUGGUCUCUUUCCUGCUUCUUCCAAUGCAGUGCCCCCUCCUCCAAGUAGUGUUUCUGGAGCAGCUCCAUAUAAUUCUUUUUUGCCUCCUGAGCAAGAGACCGUGCAUGUUUUCAUCCCUGCCCAGGCUGUAGGCGCAAUCAUUGGCAAGAAGGGGCAGCACAUCAAACAGCUCUCCAGAUUCGCAAGUGCCUCAAUCAAGAUUGCUCCUCCAGAGACGCCAGAUUCCAAAGUGCGUAUGGUGAUAAUCACUGGACCGCCAGAAGCCCAAUUUAAGGCUCAAGGACGAAUUUAUGGAAAGCUGAAAGAGGAGAACUUUUUUGGGCCCAAAGAAGAAGUAAAACUUGAGACGCACAUCCGAGUCCCUGCCUCAGCAGCAGGAAGAGUCAUUGGCAAAGGAGGCAAAACAGUCAAUGAACUUCAGAACCUGACAGCAGCUGAGGUAGUUGUUCCCCGGGAUCAAACCCCUGAUGAGAAUGAGCAAGUCAUUGUCAAAAUCAUCGGACAUUUCUAUGCUAGCCAGAUGGCUCAACGCAAAAUACGUGAUAUCCUUGCUCAGGUGAAACAACAGCAUCAAAAGGGACAGAACAGCCAGACACAAGCACGAAGGAAAUAG